AGAGCGAGCGAGGGCAUUGAGAGAGAGAGGGGGAGGAAUCAGGUCGCACCCAACUCCAGAAAAUCAUUUGCAAUCCACCUGAACGGGGGUUGUUAAUGCGAGGAUUCUGGGAAUUCUGCAAUAACUGUACCGCCCAGAUGAGUUGAAUAAUUUCAAUUGACCUCGGUUGUCGUGCAGCUUCGUGUCGAAGCUGUCGUCGUGGCGAGCACUCCACGUGAUUCUCGCGUUUCCGGCUUGCUGCGAUGGAUUUGUGAAAGGUGGAAUUGGUGUUGGGGUGGUUUGGUGGGUUGCGGUGCUUCAGAGGGGCGAUUGGUUUUUAUGGCUGAAGUGGGUUAGAGGGACUCCGAGCCGUCGGGGAGCAGUGGCAGCCAUGGAGAAGCAAUGGCGAUGGAUGCUUGGCAUGCUAUACGUCGUUGCCGUGGCUGUCAUCUGGAUUGUCGCCAGCUUCGUUGUACAGUCCGUUGUGGGUGCCGGCGUGUCGCCGCUUCACAUCGCUUAUAUCUGUAAUUCUUUGUUUGUUGUGUACUUGCCGAUUGUGGAAGGGGGGAGGGUGUUUCGGGCAUGGCUUGAGAGAAGGUCAGUGGGGCGGGACCAACGUGAGGAGAGUGGGAGUAAAGCUGGCGCGGACAAGGAAACCGUGCAUCUGCUGGAGGAUCCGGCGGUUGGUGCAGUUGUAGCGAUUGAGAGUGAGGAGCUCGGACACGUUAACCCUAAUCAUGUUGCCAACCAGCAGGAAGCUGUGGAGGCUGAAAUUUCUUUGGAAGCCUCGCAGGAAGUAACGAACCGGGAGUGGAGCAGACGAGAAAUUGCGCAAGUGAGCCUGCUUAUUUGCCCCUUAUGGUUCCUCGCCCAGUUCACGUUCAACCUGUCGUUGAGAUAUACAUCUGUGACGUCGAAUACUAUCUUGAGCAGUGCAUCCAGCUUGUUCACAUUUCUGCUUUCAUUGGCACUAUUAAACGAGCAGUUUAAGUGGUCGAAACUGGUUAGUGUUCUUUUGUGCAUGGUCGGGACCGUAAUAGUGACCCUGACUGAUUCCACCAAAGUUGGAGGUUCAUUUUGGAAAGCAGGGUGGGGUGAUGUUCUAUGCUUGUUCUCUGCUUUUGUGUAUGCCCUUUACAGCACCCUUUUAAGGAGGCGAUUACCUGAUGAAGAGGCUGGAGAAGGGAAAGCCAGUACGGCCCUAUUUUUUGGCUAUCUAGGCCUUUUCAAUGCUCUUUUACUUGGACCUGUAGUACUUAUCCUCCACUUCAUCGGUGUGGAGAGAUUCGAUGGACUUACCCUUUCUCAGCUUGGCCUCAUCAUUGGAAAAGGGCUACUGGACAACGUGUUGAGCGAUUACCUUUGGGCUAAGGCUGUCUUACUGACGACGCCAACAGCGGCAACCGCUGGCCUCACCAUUCAAGUCCCCAUUGCAGGUGUAGUGGAUUCAGUGCGUGGAAAGACUCCAUCUCCUCUUAGUGUUUUGGGUGCAGCUGCGGUUCUGGUAGGGUUUUUCGGAAUCAAUUCGCCUGCUACAGGGUGUUGCGACUCCCCUGAAGAGGAAGAUUUGGAUCAUGUGAAGCAAAGCACAAAUGUCACCACUGUCUAAAAGUUGUUAAGAUGUUACUUGUAACAUACUAGAGGUAGUUUCCCAUUCUUUGAUCUCAAUCUGGUAGACAACCGAGACUAAGUGUACAUCUAUAAUUUUCUCUUUUUUCAGGGAAUUUUUAUGGAUUUCCUUAGUCUUUGAAGUUACUUUCUAUAAGAGACAUAGCUCUGAAUUAUCGCCGACUUGGGGUCCUCACGAAAUUUGAAUUACGGUUGAUACCAAA